AUGCCGGAUCCAGGUGGAAAAUGGUGGCAGCAGCUGGAUCCUGGGUUUCUGGGCUGCGAGGUUCGUUCCCGGCUGCAGCUGGAGCAGCCUGUGUCUAGUGGUGCCAUGACUGUGGCCUUGCAGACUGCUCCACCCCGCCUGGGGUCCUGUGGGACUCCCACCCACGGCAGCCUCUUGCUUCUUCUCUGCCUCUGGUGGGUGCUACCUUCCAGGGCCCAGGCUGCAGAUACGGAACUGGGUGUCGUGACCCCAUGGCUGCAACGGGACCUGUCCUGGCAGCGGCCUGAGGUGACCGUCAUCCUUCUGAGGGCCCAGCGGUGCACAGAGAAGAAGGUCUGCCCCCUGGGGCGGAAGGCCCAAGUUUUGGACAAAAACCUUGUCUUCUACGAGGAGUGGGAGCUGGAGGCUUGUGUGGACGGAGCCCUGCUGGCCGCUCAGAUGGACCAGGUGAACCUGGUGCCCUUCACCUACCAGCAGCUGCAGAUUUUCAAGCGCAAAUUGGACGAGUUCUACCCACAGGGGUACCCUGAGUCCCUGAUCCAGCACCUGGGGUACUUCGUCCUUUGGGUGACCCCCGAGGACAUCCACAAGUGGAAUGUGACUUCCCUGGAGACCGUGCAAUCUCUGCUCAAAGUCAGCAAAGGGCAUGGGAUGGAUGCUCAGGUGGCCGCCCUCAUUGCCCGCCAUGUAGGGGGAGGGGGCCAGCUGGACAAGGCCACACUGGACACCCUGGACACCUUCCCUGCUACCUAUCUGUGCCUCCUCAGCCCUGAGCAGCGGGACUUCAUGCAGCUCAACAUUGCUUGGGCGACCAGGCCCCAGGACCUGGACACAUGCAGCCCAUGGCAGAUGGCUGUCCUCUACCCCAAGGCCCGCAUCGCCUUCCAGAACAUGAGCGGGUCUGAAUACUUCACAAGGAUCAAGCCCUACCUGGGUGGGGCCCCCAUGGAGGACCUGCGGGUUCUCAGUCAGCAGAACAUAAACAUGGACGUGGCACUGACCACGUGUGGUCAGGCCACACAGCCGGCCCACCACCUGCCUCCCACUGCCGGUCACUGGCGCACCUAA